AUGACCCGGCUUACCAUGUCUUCUUCUCCAGCUGGCUGCCAAGAUUUUAACCUAGUCGGCCAGGAAACCUCGGAAUCGCUGGUAGAUGAGGACAAUGAUAAAAUAGGAUGCAGUGAAUCUCUCAGGAAUGGUGACUUCUCUCAGAUGGUCCGGAUGCUUGCUCACAGUGCAGAAGAAUUUGUUAGACAUGUAUGGCUUCGUGGUUGGCAAGUUGUUCAUCACGGCAGUCUCCCCGCUUGGCUAAAGGAUAAUGAUUUUCUGGUUCGUUGGCAUAGGCCUCAAUUAGACUCAAUCAUCGAUUGCUUUAAAUCUAUUUUCAGAAUACAUACUGAGACAGGGAAUAUUUGGACACACUUGUUAGGCUGUGGAAGCUUUGUAGCUAUACUUGUAUAUAUCAUAUUUCAAAGUGAACACUACGUGCAAUGGCAAGAUAAAGCUGUUCAAUCCGCCUUUUUUGUUGGAGCCGUUCUUUGCCUCGGUUUCUCUUGUCUUUUUCAUACGUUGUAUUGUCAUUCUGAGGCUAUUGGAAAACUUUUUAACAAGCUGGAUUACUGUGGCAUUGCUGUCCUGACAAUGGGUUCAUUUGUCCCUUACCUAUAUUACUCAUUUUACUGCUCAUUUUGGCCAAAAAUCAUAUACCUCUUGCUCAUAAUUGCUCUUGGAACAGCUGCUAUA